GCUUCGUGUUCCGAGAGCAAGCAGAAAAUUGAUAAACUGAUGGCCGAGGAACAGCCGCCUGUGGAACGGCGAUGGUGCGGACUGGGGAACCACAAGCUGAGGACCCCGUUUCGCAUUCUGAGAAAUCCCGAUUUGAUUAAGUUCGGCCAGCGGAUCAACCCUGAGCUGAUAUCGCAACCGCUGUGUCUGUCAUGUUACCAAAAUCUGGUCAAGCUCUACAACUUCAAGAACAACAAUGCGAAGAGGCAUCUGGAGCGAAAAAGGCUGGCUGCGCUGAUCGCGUCAGAGAGCAGCAGCCUUACGUCUAGUCAGUCCGACGGUUCCACUGCCGGAGGGUCCACUGUAGCGCCCCGAGUUCCGUUGAGCUCCUCCGAGGACGAUGGACCCACCACCAGCGCCGCGGCGGCGGCCAAGAGAGCAAGAAGGGAACAACAAGGAGCAGAAUCGGAGCCCUCGGAAAACACAUCAUACUUCUCCGACGCCGACGAUCCCAAUUCCAAUCUGAGUCUCAAUGCCGUGAACGGUACGCGAUUACCCCAUAUUCAACCCAUUCCACGAAGGCGCCAGUUCGUACACCUGAACAAGGAAGCUAUGGACAUAUAUCUCGCAGGAACCACUGGGGGUUAAUAAUGAUACUGAAUACUCAAGUGUAUUAACCAUUUUUGCAUUUUUCGUUGACGGGUUUUAACAUCUUGAGAAAUUUUCGAGUAGUUAUUUUGGUGCAGAAGCCAUGUGUUUUUAUUUUUUUAAAUUUUAAUGUAAACCUUCGGUUAGUUCACAUCUACAUACUUGCUUAACCACUUACUAUGCGUUGAGUUAUAACAAAGUAAUCCAAAAUAUAUAAAGUUCCUCAACAUA